AUGGUGAAUUGGGUUAUGAGUUGUGUUACCUCAACAUCUUACUCGAUCAGCAUUAAUGGAGAAAUUCAUGGGUAUUUUAAGGGCCAAAGGGGGUUAAGACAGGGUGACCCCAUAUCUCCGUACUUGUUCACGCUAGUCAUGGAAGUUCUCACGUCCAUUCUUCAGCAUGCGGCAGCUAAUCACAAUACCUUUCGGUUUCAUAAUAAUUGCCAGAGACAAAAAAUCAUCAACUUGUGUUUCGCUGAUGACUUGUUUUUGUUUGCCAGAGCCAACUUCGAAUCGGUAAAAAUCAUUAUGGAGUCGCUAAAUAGUUUCAGGGACAUGUCUGGGCUCAUUCCUAGCUUGAGCAAAAGCACUUCUUUCUUCUGUAAUGUCCCAGCUCGAGUAAAGAACCAGAUCUUGUCCUUAGUUCCGUUUCCAGAAGGAGCGUUGCCUAUUAAGUAUCUUGGAGUGCCGCUGAUUGCUUCUAGAUUGCUUAAAAGUGAUUGCAAGGUGUUGGUUGAGAGGAUUGCUAAAAAGCUUUUAGAUUGGAAGACAAAAUUCUUAUCUUUUGCAGGGAGGCUCCAGUUGGUUAACUCAGUUUUAGCGGCUAUGUAUUCUUAUUGGGCUGCCGUUUUCUGUCUCCCAGCUAGUAUCAUCAAAAGCAUAGAGAGGAUUAUGAAAGAUUUCCUGUGGAGUCACGGAUCUUCGGGUUCGAAAAGAGCGAAGGUGGCGUGGAAGGAUAUUUGUCUCCCUAAGUCUGAAGGGGGGCUGGGUAUUAGAAAGGUUUCGGAUGUCAACAAGUCUUUAAUGACCUUUCAUAUCUAUAGUAUUGUCUCGGGUCGGAAAUCGUUGUGGGUGGAGUGGAUUCAGGCUCAUCGGCUUCAAGGUAGGAGUUUUUGGGAUGUUAAGGUGCCGCAAAGCUCAACAUGGGGUUGGCGGAAGCUUUUGUCUUUCAGGAGCUUGGUCCGCAAAUUUUUUUGGAAGAAAAUUGGUAAUGGUGAGUCUACGUCUUUAUGGCAUGAUACUUGGUGCAACCAGUGCCCGCUCAGCCGUUAUGUCUCUACCAGAAACAUGUAUCAACAUGGCUUAUCGAUUUAUUCAAAAGUAGCUGAGGUUGUGCAUAAUGGCAUUUGGUCUUGGCCUGAGGCCUGGCGGGAUCUUUUUCCGGUUUUAUUCCAGCUCAAUCCGAUCUAUAUCGUUCCCAACAAGCAAGAUGUCACACUUUGGAGAUCUGAUGGAGGUAAACUCAUGUCGUUCUCUUCUAAGCUGGUAUGGGAAGCUAUUCGUGCUCGAGGUCAAGAAAUGACAUGGUCAAAGAUUGUGUGGUCGGGUUUUUUGGAUGCUAUCAAGGAGAAGUCUAGUAUGAAGAUGGUGCCUAACAAGUGGGUUGACAUUGUUGGAUGGUUGCUGCCGAAAGCGACCUCAAGGUCCCUAAAUUCGGUUAUUGGUAAACUUCUUAUCAAGGCGACUGCGUAUUUUGUAUGGCAAGAAAGAAAUUACAGGUUUUUCAACAAUCCAUUAAGACCGCCUGAGGUGCUAAUAAAUGUCAUUACUGACAACGUGAGGCUGAAGUUACUAUCAUUCAACUACAAGGAUAAGCCGCAUGUGAGGAAAAUCUUGGAAGAUUGGAAGCUGAGCUCCGUUGAGUUCUUCGGCGAGACCUGA